CGGCUUGAAAGGAGAGGGAGGGUUGUGGGCUCAUAUAAGGGGCAGCUCGUGGAUACUACUGUCUAUCCUUCUGUAUCGUCAUUCAACGCAGCUCACACUUCGAUCUCACUGCAGCAUCGUCACUCUGAAGUACUUCCCUCGGAGCUCUCUACACGAAGUAAGCGCUCCUUCUGUAACAUCAACAAUGCCCCGCCUCAAUUCAGCUGAGAUUCACUUGCAUGGCUCUACCUUUAGCGUGGUUCUCAACUCACCACUGGCCCACUUGUCUGCUUUCCAAGCCUUGCUCGAGCUGGCCGUGUGCGCUUUUGCUUCAGCCCGCGACCACCCCACCUCCACGGCCCGGGACAGCGAUUCCCUCCAGCUCGCCUCGAAUGAGCUCGGUGCGCAAGUUUCUCACCUUCACGCCCGCGUCGGCGAAGAGGUGCUCACAGCAGUACUGUACAGCUGGCUCUGGUCAUGUCUGCGCGCCGAGAGAGGGCACACGGAAGUGUACCAGUCGGAACUUAAUGCUUAUCGUACGCGUAGUCGGGAAGGAUGGCCGAAGAGGACAUUGCUGGAGCUGGCGAAGACGAUUAGGGCUAGGAGAGAGGAUGUGAGAGCGCUAAAGGACGUCGCGACUUUUGCCGUCGAGGUGCUGCGUAUCCUACGCUCGUCCAACCCACCACCCUCAUACAUCGACACCGUAGCUCAACAUCAAGAGGCUCCACCCACCUAUACAAUACUACGUUGCAGUCACUUGCCCCAAGAUACUGGUGCCCGUCUCCUUUCUGCUCCUACUUCUGCCGUAGCUGUGGCACCAAGGCGCGCGUUGGGUAAUCGACGAGGUCCUUUCCAACCCUCCAUCGUCCAGAAACGAGCAUCAUCCCCGGCUCUCCGACGCUCCUUGGACGCAGCCGCAACACCGAUAUGUCCUCCUGCUACUUCACGCUCCUCCAGCACGAGUAGUCUCGCCUCUGAUCAAGACGAAGGAAGCUCGGACAGAUCGGUACGCAGACGUCGACAGGGUCCGGAUGGUGCCUCCCUCACGGCAACAGUACCAGCGGCAGCGGCAGGGUCUGAAUGUCCUCCAACAAGCACACGGCGCUCGACCUCCCUGCUCUCGGGUACACCAUCGACCACGACCCCUCCUGCCUCGCCCUCUUCACCAGCCUGGUCCGCAUCGCCCUCCUCUGCUCAUGCCAACUCCAGUGCCAACCCCAACGGCAACGGUGAUGGUGAGGAGAAGACUGAGGCACAGCUCUCCUUUGAGCGCUGGCUCGACGCACCGCACUGCCCCAAGGCCGUGCCACAGUGGCACUUUCAACCUGCAGAGGGCGAGGCGGAUUGGCUGACGGAGAUGCUUGUUUGAGAAGGCAGUUGCGCUUGCGACAGCUGAGCUUUUCAUGUGCUGUGCCAACAGACCGUCCAUGUAAUCGAUUGCUUCUCUCACACUAUCGACCGCCUGGGGCUGCUCAUACCUCCGAUGCUUGCCCGCAAGCGCCACUUGCCUCGUCAUCAGCUCG